AUCAGUAUCGAAGUACAAACAAUUAGUCCUUCAAAAUUGUAUUAAAAGUAUUGCAUUAACUCUACUACAAUCGCAUGAAGUUUUAAAACACAAGAUGUCUUCGAACAAAUCCAUCGGUAUGACGGCUUUGCCAGUUAUAGAUCUGAAGGAAGUGAAAGUAGAUCGAAAAUUUGCCGCGGAAAAGGUUGUUGACAUUCUUGAAAACGUAGGAUUCGCUUAUGUAGACAACGUAGAUGGAAUUGACUACAAGGGAUUGUGGGAUUGUUGUCAAUGUUUUUUCAAUAAACCCAUGGAUUUUAAAAAGAAAAUCAUGAGGAAGCAGUGGAAUCCGGAAAACACAAAUCUUUAUCGAGGUUAUUUCCCUGUUGUUGAAGGAGAACCAAGUAGAAAGGAAGCGUUCGAAUUUGCGAGAGAUGUUCCACCUGAUGAUACGUCCGUGUCGCCCACCAACUGGUUUUACGAGAAAUCCACAUGGCCGGAGGAAGAUGGAUCGUUCCCUUUUAAGAAGUUUCUUCAGCAGCAGUACGAAGUAAUGCACGAGACAUGCAUGGAGACACUUCGCCUCUCAGCAAUAGGACUUGGUAUACCUGAGAAUUCGUUUAUGCACCUGUUUGAGGACAAACCAUGCUCUACAUUUCGAAUGUUGCAUUAUCCGCCGUGGGAAGGCGAACCCCCAAAGAACGCGUUCAUAGAAGAUGGAAAGGUCUUAACCACUCCAGAGCAUAUGGAUUCCGACUUUAUGACAUUGCUAACACCUUUUGAUUUUGGUGGUCUGGAGAUAAUGCAAGCAGAUGGCAAGUGGGCCGAAGUGAUAAACCGUCUUGGAAGUCUCGUGAUGAAUAUUGGUGUAACGUUCUCGCGCAUGCUUGGGGGAAAAUUCAAGGCAACACGUCAUCGUGUUAUAGAUAUAGGAAUUGAUAGAUAUUCUGUUCCGUUUUUUCUCAGUCCCCGUUUCGACGGAGAUAUAGGUGUAAACUACCUAUCUACAUACACCGGGGAGGGACCUAAGCACGUGCCUGAGAAAUUUGGUCCAUGGGUAUUGCAUAGAAUGAAACACGAGCAAAAGUACUUUGAGUAUAAAGUGUUACCAGAGAUAGACGAAUGAUUUUAUAAUCGCUAAAAAGAAGAUAAAAUCGAGUUUGUGGAAGAAUUGAUCAAAUAUUUGUUUGCAUCCUUCAACUGUAAAUCUAUGUUUUACAGAGUCAUUAUGUUACGAAACACGACGAUGUCAUUCUAAAAUAAGCAAUAGAAAUUAUGAAAGAUUCAAUUAACACAAUAGAUAACAAUUAACUGACACUGAACAUGUGUUGUGGUUAUGAUCAUAUAUUUUUGUAACAACAUGCUUACAGACAACAAUUAAAUCGAUAAACAUGUGCGAUGAAUAAUAGUUAAUAAUUAUAUAAAUAUAGUGUAUCACAAAUACAUGUUACUGAAUUGUAUAUAUAGUUGCAAAACCACUUUUAAUACUUUCGUUACGUUAUAAAAAUGUCCCUAGGCAGGGGAAAUUGGUAACUCUGCAACAAUUUCUUGUUUUCAAUUUGAUAUAAACUAUGAUGCUUA